AUGGCUGACAAGGCACAGCCUAACAAUGGGCCCCCAGAGGGGCAAAGCUUCGACGAAGAAUGGGCACGAGAUCUCAGGAUACGGUUCGAGUCCCUACUGCGCGACAAGCGCAUGAACGAACUCCGGUCAUCACAUACGCGGCGCUUCGGAUCCCCAGGACCUCGAGAAUGCUCCUCGAACGCCAACCUUCGGGCGGCGGCCUCUAGUUCUUCUGGGAGGCCGUCAACAUCCCAUGGCCAUUCGACACCGCCCUCGUACUCGUCCAUCCGACAUAUACCCAAAAUCCCUACCCCUCCCAACCAGAAUGAUCGCGAAUCUCAAAAGUUUAGGAGUUUGAUGAUUAGCCUUUCCCUCACCCCGACGAAAUAUGAGAACCCCGGCCUCCUGGACGAAGCUUUGCAAAUAAUUCCCCUCGACAGGAUAUACGCCGAGGCGGAGGAGGAAACUCAGGUUCUUCAAGCCCAAGCGGCGAGUUUGGGUCAGAGCAAACCCGAGUGGGGUUACCAAGAUUGCGUAAUUCGAGCACUUCUAAGGUGGUUUAAGCGCUCCUUCUUUACCUGGGUGAACAAUCCACCUUGUCCCGUAUGCCUCUCACCAACAAUCGCCCAUGGCAUGGCGGCCCCGACACCAGAUGAAAGUGCCUGCGGCGCACUACGAGUCGAGUUGUACCGUUGCUCAGCGGCCGACUGCGGCGCGUUCGAGCGAUUUCCCCGAUUCGGCGAUGUGUGGAGGUUACUUCAAACAAGACGUGGCCGCGUAGGCGAAUGGGCCAAUUGCUUCAGCAUGCUCUGCAGGGCAGUUGGCGGCCGCGUUCGUUGGGUCUGGAAUGCGGAAGAUCAUGUUUGGACGGAGGUUUAUUCCGAGCACCAGCAGCGAUGGGUCCACGUUGACCCUGUCGAGGAAAUCUGGGACAAUCCGAGGCUCUACACCGAAGGCUGGGGCAAGAAGAUGUCCUACUGUGUUGCGUUCUCCAUCGACGGAGCGGCUGACGUCACCCGCCGAUAUGUACGAAAGACGGAGUACGCUCUCCCGCGCAACCGAUGCCCCGAAGAGGUUAUGCUUUUCAUCAUGCAAGAGAUCCGCAACAUUCGCCGCGCCAACAUGAGCAAGGAUGAGAAGUACCGACUCCAGAAGGAGGAUGCAAAGGAGGACGCUGAGCUGAGGGGCUUUGUCGUUGCUUCCAUCGCGAUGGCCGUUACCAACUUGGUUCCUGGUGGUAGCUCCGACGGCGGCUCUGGCUCUAGCGACGAUACGAAGAGACCAGCUGAGCAGCCUGCGCAAGCGUCUGGCGGAAUGGCAUGGUUGGCGUCUAGCGAAGACCCGAGGAUGAAUCACAAUCAGUAUCCCGGAUAUCCUCCUCAAGACCCCUCCCAGCGAAGAGAUCUGCCAUGA